UUCUGAGAAGAGAGCAGCUGCAGGAGAUAAAAGCAGCUCAGACUCAGAGCUGCAGGAGAAGAAGACAUGAAGCCUGAAGUGACGUCCGGACUCCUGCUGCUCCUGCUGCUCUCCUCCUGCUCUGCAGGUCCUGAUCUGGACAUCUUCUCCUCCUGCUGUCCAAACGUCAGCAAAAUCCGGGUUCCUCGGGAGAAGAUCGUCUCGGUGACGGCGACGCCUGGAACCUGCAGACCGGCUGCCAUCAUAGUGGAGACGAAGAGGGGGAAGAAGAUGUGUCUGGAGCCGGACUCCGCCUGGGCCAAGAACCUCCUGAAGGAGUUCUCAAGACCCUCCGGGUUCCUGAACGCCACGUCAAAACCCUCUGAAGGACUCUCUAAGAUCCUACGGUCCCUGAACGCCACAUCAAAACCUGAACACCUCAUCAAAACUCUCUGAAGGGCAUUCUAAGAUCCUCCGGUCCCUGAACGCCACGCGGUGCUGCUCUCUGAUUGGCUGACGCCUCUGACCUUUGACCUUCACCUGAAUGUUUGACUCAGAUGAAUCUUGUGAAAAACUAAUGAAACUUUUUGUAUUAAAAUGUUGA